AUGGAGUACUGGAUCGGUCUCCUUUGUGCUGCCUUUGCCGCGAUUGCGUUCGGAGUGCAGUAUGCGCCAGUGAAGAAGUAUGAGAUCUACGAUGGCAUCACCUUCCAGUGGUUUAUGUGUGCUGGGAUAUUGAUGGUUGGAUUUCUAUCUUCCAUCAUUUUUGGCGACUUUGGAAUGAAGGACGCUGAAAAUCACCUGACAGUUGGUUCCUUUGAACGGUCAGGGACAGGUCAAAUCGCGCUCUAA